AUGGCUCAUGUGGCUUCCCCUGCUGCUUUUGUAGCUGCUCGCUUCCCCCGUGGCCCCCGCCACCCUCGUCCACGUGACCAAUCCUCUCGUCCCCUUGGUGGUCCGUCUUCAGCCCGUCUUUUCUCUAGCCCGGGCCAGCCUUCUCACCGUGCUCCACGUCCUUCCUCCUUCUCUCAAGCCAAGUGCCCUUAUCCUCGUGCUUUCGCUGGCAUGCAUGUUGCGUCCACUUCCGAUCCUAACUGGUAUUUGGACUCCGGUGCCACCAAUCACAUGACCCAUGAUGCGCCGACAUUCCACUCCGGCACUCCGUAUGCUGCUUCGGAUCAGUUAAUAUCUAUCUCAUGGUUUCACUUGGAUCAGAUUAGAUCUAUACCAAUUCAUGGAGACUGCUGUGGUAAACAAGGAAGAGAUCGGGGUCUGGGAGAGGAUCUUAAUAGAGAAGGUUUGAAGAAGAUGCCUCUUCGUGUUGCCAAGGGGAAAGAACAAGGGGAAGAUGGAGCAUUUUUUGCUCAGUUUACUCGGGAUUUGAAUGUUAGUAUUACCUUCUUUCCUUGGGGAUACCAAAUUCGUGACUUACAGCGUGGUGUUGUUCUCUUUCAGGGCCUAUGUAAGGAUGGUCUUUAUCCUAUCUUUCCAACACUAUUGUCCAGUUCCAAGCAAGCUGUUUCUUCUAUCGUCGCGUCGUCCUCUUUGUGGCAUCGUCGUCUUGGUCAUCCCUCCAAUAAAGUUCUUCGCACACUUGUUUCUCGGUCCUUAUUAGGUUCUCUUUCUCGUUUAUCAACUUCCCCUUGUAGCCACUGUGCGUUAUCUAAAUCAAUAAAACUUUCCUUUUCGUCUCAUGACCAUUGCUCUACUAAGCCAUUUGCUUUAAUCCAUUCAGAUGUGUGGAUGUCUCCUGUUGUUUCUGUUUCUGGAUAUCGAUAUUAUGUCUUGUUUAUGGAUGAUUACACUCGUUAUUCAUGGAUUUUCCCUAUGCGUCUUAAAUCUGAAGUUUUUGGUCUUUUUUCUACUUUUGCUAUGUAUGUUAAAACUCAAUUCUCCUUGUCUAUCAAACAAUUUCAGAGUGAUGGGGGGAAGGAAUAUGAUAACCUGCAAUUUAAACAGUUUUGUGCUACUAAUGGCAUUGUGCAUCGUUUUUCUUGUCCUCAUACACCCCAACAAAAUGGGUUAGCAGAGCAAAAACAUCGUCAUAUUGCUGAUAUGGGUCGCACUCUUUUACACACUGCUCAUAUGCCUCACAAUCUUUGGGUCGAAGCAUUUUGUACGGCAGUUUCUUUGAUUAAUCGACUUCCAACCCCUAUCCUUAAAGGGACUUCUCCCUAUAAGUUAUUAUUUGGCAUUUCCCCGGAUUACGCGUUCCUUCGUGUUUUUGGAUGUAUUUAUUACCCAUAUCUUGGAGAUUAUGUAACUAACAAAUUACAACCUCGUUCUCUUCAGUGUGUUUUUGUUGGCUACAGUGAUCGCCAUCAUGGUUACCGAUGUCUCCAUCCUCCUACAGGUCGGCUCUACGUUUCUCGCAAUGUCAUUUUUCAUGAAGAUCAACUCUAUUAUGCUGCUGUUUCUAAGCCUGUUCAGCUCUCAGACCUUGCUGUGGUCCCCGUGGGCCUUCUUCCCAGUCCACCAGCUCGGCCCAUAAAUUGA